AACCAGCCAGUGGUAGAAACGCUUUUAGUCGUCUGUACGAUGCCGACGCAGUGACUUGGCUCGAGCUCUCUGCUACUAUCGCGAACACGCACACACACCGGGUGAAAUCAAACAAGAGAGGACAGAUAAAGCAAAAAGGACAGCGGCAGCGGAGUACGCACACGCUUCGACGAGUGACGAGUUGAAUCAGUGGCGCUUGACUUUGGAUAUAACAAAGCCGAAAAAAGUGACGAGCAAAAACGGGGGGACAACAAUUAAAUAAAGCUGUGUGCGAAUCGACGAGACCGACGAACAAGAUGUCCAGGCUACGAUAGUGCUCGAUGAAAUCAUAAAACAAGAGAGCUUAUAUGCCCGAUUACUACCGCUAUGAGGUGGCACGAAGCAGGAACCAGGCAGUGCCUCUGCGCGGCGGCCAGAAGAAGAUGACGAUGCGUCGGCAGGCUUGGCUGGCCGUGAUGCGUCGGGCACUCGUCGCCUCGGGCAUACUGACCCUACUGAUAUUCGCCUUAUUGACCAAUCAGGAUCGCGGCGGUGGCGGCUCGUCGCAGGGAUCCUCCGCCUCGGGGCUUGCGGGCGGCGCCGCGAGAGCAGCCUUCAGACAACGAGCCAACGAGGACUACAAUGGGCUGUCGCAGGAGGAUCGCGAGAUGGAGUUCUAUCGGUAUCGCGAGACGGAGCGACGCAUGAACGAGCGUCGCAAGUUCCUGGCCGAGCGCUGCUCCGAGGAGGGCCUCGACAGGCCCGGCAACGACUCGCUGCAUCGGCCCAACGCCUGGGAGUUCCUGGUGAAUCGCGAGCACCACCUGAUCUGGUGCAACGUCUUCAAGGCCGCCUCCACCUCCUGGAUGUACAACUUCAAUCUGCUGGCGGGCUACAGUCCGCAAUUCCUCAAGGCCUCGAAAGCCGUGCCGGUGUCGCUGGCCAGGCAGAAGUAUCCGCGGCCCACGGCCGACGAGCUCGCGAGGUAUCUCAACGACAGCGUGAGCUUUCUCAUAGUCAGGCACCCGUUCGAGCGGCUGCUCUCGGCCUAUCGCGACAAGCUCGAGCACAGCCUGCCGCACACGUUUCACAGCAAGCUCGGCUCGCACAUCAUAUCGCACUACAGGCUCAAGAGCACGAAAUCGGGCGGCAAGCACGGGCCGCGUUAUCCGCUCUUCGAGGAGUUCGUGAGGUGGCUGCUCUGCGAGUGGAAGGCCGGCAACGAGCUCGACAUGCACUGGACGCCCAUCGUGAAUUUCUGCACCCCCUGCCAAGUGAGAUUCAACGUCAUAGUCAAGUUCGAGACUCUUCACGAGGAUCAGAGCUAUCUGAUAAAGCACGCCCACGUGGGACACAUCAUCAAGCCCGAAUGGAAGAAUCCAACGCGCGGCGUACAGACCAAGGAUGUGAUGAAGCAGUACUUCUCGCAAUUGUCCAAGGCCCAGAUCAAGCAGCUUUACGACAUGUUCAGGUAUGAUUUCGUCCUUUUCGAUUACUCGCUGAAGGAAUAUUUGGCUAACGGCAGGGACGAGGCGACUCAGCUCGUAUGCAAGAAGAAAUGACCCGGCGCCCCCGUGGGGCCGCCUUUCUCCAUGCUGUACUGAAGCGAGAGAGCCAGAAAGAGACAGAGAAGCACACAACGAAGCUGCUGCUGCUGCUCAUUUCAGUUUUUCGCAAACUAUGUAAAAGCGACCCUCGUACAUACUACACGCAUACUACUGCACGGACAAAAAAGUGCGCGCUUAUUUUUGUAGAAAUGGAGGAAAACCAGAGCUUUUAUAUCGCCGUGAAUGUGUUGUCGUAGGAAGGAGAAGAGACAAAAAAGAGAGAGAGAGAGAGAGAGAGAAGAAAACAAUCGUGUUGUGUUCGUUGUUACCCAAAGUUGGUCGCACCACUCCUAAAACUUACCAGUUUAAUAUACUUAACAAAAAUAAAAAGAGAAAAAAAUAAUAAUGCAAGAAACAUAAUGAACAGGCGCACCGGCGCGCGACGUGUAUAGUACUAGUAUUUAAAUAUAAAAAAGUUGUUGAAAGCGAGAAAACACAGAUGUACAUUUGUUCUACUAUUUUGACAAAAAAUAAAGAGAAAUAAAAACGUCUGCAGUUAAAGCGUGACUACGUCGAUAAACAAAAAGACUGUAGUUAAUUUUUGCUAAACUUGUAAAUUAUUACAGCAAACAUUUUGCACUUAGUUAGACAAAGCUUUUUUACCAUUGUAUAUUUCUAGAUGAAUUAAUAGGUUUUAUACGCCUAUAUGCUUUAUAGUCUAAAUAUUGUUUUUGAAGUUAAGAGAUUUGUUAAUGAUCAUUAAUUCUUGAAAAUAUAAAAAAAUACACUACAAAAAUAAAUGAAACAAACUAUAGUUUAAUUUAAUCUAUCGAUAAUCAUUGUCAAAUAUUGUUAUAAGAAUCAUUUAAAAACAGUUAUUGAUAUCAAAUACUUGAAUUGAUGUUUAAUUGUUUGAAUCAUUCAUUCUUAUUCUAUGAAAGAUGAUUGAAAGUUCGUCUGGAGUAAUUGAUUUAAAUAUUAGCAUGCCUAAUAAUGUGCAUUUCAAGUCAUCAAUUCAUACUGUACUAUUUUGUAAUUUUAAAGUAUACAGCACUUUCAUAAUAUAUCAUGUUUCAGAUCUUAUAAUUAUAUGAAAUGAAAAAUAAAUUAUUUUGCACUAA